AUGACCUCCGAGUUAAUCCGGCCCCCCUGUCCCCAUCUGAGCCGAGCGAUGCUAACGGGACACGAGUGGAGACAAGACGCGGUUAGGGUGGUGGUGGUGGUGGUGGUGGUGGGGAAUAGAACUGAUGCCUGUUGUUGUAUUUGGGUGGCCCCGCGCUGGUACCUGCACCCCCCUGACCCCCUCCCCUCCUCUCCUCUCGGCCCCUGA